UUAAAAAUUAUAUAUUAUGGUUACAUUAAUUCACUUAUAAUUUCACAUUCGUUGGUGAUAAAUGCUUGGGGUCGAAAUGCCAGCAAAAUUUAUUCUUUACUAUCAUUCUUAAAAUUUUGAAGGAAGAGUAAAAAUUGGAAAAAGAAUGCGGAAAUAUAUUUAAGUAAGUAAACAUAAUGGUUCUUGAGUGAGAUGUUUACCAGCUGUUUAUAAUAUCGUAAGUAUAAUUGAUAUGUAAAAAAUAUUUAUUUAACUCCAUUAUAAUAAUUCAAGUUUUGAAGAAAAAUUGCUUUUUUAAUGGGAUUAGAUAAAACGUUGUUGCUAAUAUGUUAUCAAAAGCUUUGUUUAACUUACAUAAUUUGGAAAUCUAGUGCAAUACAAUUGUUUUGGCAAAUAUUAUGUUCGUUACAUGAUAUUAGGCUUUUCAUAACUAUUAACAGCUUUUUAGAGAAAUUCUUAAAUAAAUUUUGUUUCAAUAUAUAGCACAUAACAAUGGUACGCUACCGCACGUGCGCUGUUAAGGGUUGUGAAGAUAAGGUGUCUUCUAGACAUUUAUUUCCAAACCCAGAGAAAUUUCCAGAGACAUUUGAUGCUUGGGUAAAAGUAUGUGGAAAUAACGACUUAAUGGGAAUGGAUUCGAAGGAGUUAUACCGCAAAAAGAGAGUUUGUAAUGCUCACUUCACGUCUGCCGAUAUGUUCUCAAAUAACCUUCUAAGGAAGAAUGUUAUACCUAGUUUGAACAUACCAACUCCACCGCAAGACCAAGUUCUUGUUGAGUUAACUGAAAAAGUAGUACAUGAAGUUGCUUUAACGUCAUACCGAUGUAUCGAACAUGAUUAUACAAAACAGAUGGAAGAUACCCCAUUGCUAGAAGAUAAUAUACCUUCAACAAGUACUCAAGAGUUUGUAUCUCCAACAAGAAAACACACAACUUCCAUAUUAAAAGAGGUUGGUGUCCAAAGAGAAAAAGAUUUAUCCCCUAAGGCACAAAGACUGUACAGAAAAAAUAUACAACUAAAAAGAGGCAUUUGUAGAUUAAAACGAUCUAAUUUACAAUUAAAAAGAAGGACGCAUGUGUUUACAAAAGCAGAGAUGAUUAAAAGAGUGACAGAUGAUUUGGUACCACAUGUCGCGGAUUUUAUAAAAAGCCAAAUUCGCUUGAGUGGGAAACAUCCACAAGGUAGAAGAUACACAUUAAAUGAGAAAUGUUUAGCACUUAUAUUAUAUAAGCAAAGCCCUCAAGGCUACAGAUUAUUUUCCAAAUUGUUCGCUGUGCCAGGGAGGAAAACCAUGACAACAAUGUUACAAAAUAUUCCUUUAAGUGUAGGAAUUAAUAAAGAAAUUUUAAAUAAUUUAAAGGACAGUAUUACCACUUUUUCGUCAGAUGAAAAAAUAUGUGUUCUGUUUGACGAAAUGGCGAUAUAAUCGCAUGUUUCAUUUUGUAUGAAAACAAAACAAUUUUGUGGUUUUGAAGAUCUUGGUGAUGAUGUUUCGUCACCAAAAAUUGCUAAUCAUGCGAUCGUUUUUAUGUUAAGAGGCGUUACCAGGGAUUGGAAGCAACCUAUUGCGUUUGGGUUUACACAGAGUUCGAUUAAAACAAUUGAUUUAGUAAGAAAAAUCAAAGAAAUUGUCAAACAAUGUGAGAAUAUUGGAUUGCGAAUUAUUGCAAGCGUUAGCGACCAAGGGGCAUCAAAUAUGGCAGCAAUAAAUUAUUUAAUGAAACAAUCAUUAAAUGAAGUAGAAUAUCGAAACAGAAAAUGUUAUAAAGUAAACAAUGACAUCAUUUAUCAUAUAUUUGAUCCUCCACACCUAAUCAAAGGCGUGAGGAACAAUUUAUUAACAAAAGAUUUAGUGUGUAAGGACAAAAAUAUUGUUAAUGUUGCCAAAUGGGACGACAUAUAUAAUGUAUAUAUGCUUGAUAAUGCCGCUGGGGAAUUAAGCAUUCUCACAAAACUAACAGAGGAGCAUUGUGUACCGAACAAAAUUAAAAAAAUGAAAGUAUGUAUCGCAACACAGACUCUCAGCCAUUCUGUAGCGGGUGCUAUAAAUGCUUUAAUAAAAUCAGGUAAUUUAUUAUACUGUUUUAUUUUGUUAUUUUAUAAUAAACAUAAAUGUUAAUAUUUUGUUUGUAGAAACCGCGGCUGGUACAGCCCAAAUUCUAAACUUUUUUGAUAAGUUGUUUGACAGUGUCAAUGGAAACUCCGUGUACCCUCCAAGAAAAAAAGAAUUGCGGUGUGCAUUGACACAUAAUUCACCCCAUCAUCAAUUUUUUGAUUAUGCGAAGGUUGUGCUGAAAAAUAUGUGGUUUAAGAAAGGACAACAAGAGAGCAUUCCACCAUCAUUAACCUUCGCUUGACUGAAACCGGGUCAAUGUUGACCCGGUUUCAAGAAAUUUAGUUUUUUUCCUUGUAACUUGCUAAAUAUUUUUUUUUAGUUUUUUUCCUUUUUUGAAUUUUUCUAAAAUAUCGUAUUGAAACAUAAGCAAUAAUAACCAAAACGAAAAUUAACGCAGUUCAAGAAUAAAUUGCAUUUUGUUGCAAUGGGUCAGCUGUGACCCGGUUUUGGUAUACUGUGUUUUAUUUUUUCUUAAUUCUAACGAACUUAUUUCAUGCAAGUUAAGACUUGUUUUUCAAUUCAGUUUACUUCCGUACGUGCCAGUGUAAUGUAGUGUUUGUGGUUCAUCGUAGCAAAAUAGUACAAUGGCAUAUAAAAAGGCGUUAUCGGACGACGAACUUUUUCAAAAUCUUAUCAAUGAUUCGGAAGACGAAAAUGAAAGGGAGUUGAUGAUUGAGGAAGUAUUUAGUGAUAGUUCUGAAGAAGUAGAAGAUGUUAUAGAAGAAAAUGAAAAUAUUGAUGAUGAUGACGACAAUAUUUUAUCUAGUGAGGAAAACGAUAUUAGCGAUGAAAUUGAGGAAGAAUUAGAUCGUAAUAUUGAAGUUGCUGGUCGCACAUGGAAAUACAUAGCUCAAAAACAAAGGAAAACAAGAGCAGCAGAUUGUAUUCGCAAAGAAAAAGGUUUGACAGAGAAAAGCAAGGAUAUCGAAUCGAUUCUGGAUUGUUUCUUUUUAUUUAUUUCUGACGAAAUUUUUGAAAUUAUUGUAAAAUUUACUAAUCAAAGAGCAAAAGAAAUUAUAAGUAAAUAUAAUGAGACUCAUGAAGACAACUUAUUCAAAUCAUGGCAAGACGUAGAUGUUACGGAAAUACGUGGUUUCUUUGCAAUACUAAUUUUAUCAGGAAGAUUUAGAGAAGCAAAAGAAAACCCAGUUAAUUUGUGGACUUCAACAAAUAUAUCUUUAUCAAGACCAAUAUAUCAAGCUUGUAUGAGCCGAAAUAUAUAUUGCGAUAUUUUACGCUUCCUUCGUUUUGACGACAUUUCCACAAGAACAGAGAGAAAAAGUCUAGACAAACUUGCUCCAAUUCGCGAUGUUGUUGAUAAUUUCACAAAAAACUGCAGAGAUUCAUAUUGCCCAUCAGCAUUUGGAACAAUAGAUGAGCAGCUGGUAAGUUAUAGAGGCCGUUGUCCAUUUAAGGUUUAUAUACCCAGCAAGCCCGGCAAAUAUGGGAUAAAAAUUUGGACAUUAUGUGAUGCGACAACAUUUUACUGCUGUAAUUUAGAAGUUUACUUAGGUAAAAAGGGAGGAUCAGCUGAACAAAAUCAAGGACCUCGCGUAGUAAAGACUUUAGCAAAUCAUUGGUAUGGAAGUGGCCGCAAUAUAACGACAGAUAAUUUUUUUACUGAUUUAACUCUUGCGGAAGAGCUUCUAAAAGAAAAACUAACUUUAAUUGGAACUAUGCGCAAAAAUAGAAAGGACUUACCAAAGAGUCUUUUGGAUAUAAAAUCACGUGCAGUAUAUUCGUCUGAUUUUCUCUUUACUAGAGACUUAACAUUAGUGUCCUAUGUUACUAAACCAAAAAAAUUUGUAAUUUUACUUUCCUCUACCCAUCACGAACAUGACAUUGCUGAUGAAAACGAAAAAUUUAAACCUGAUAUCAUUCUGGCAUAUAACAAAACAAAAAGUGGCGUAGAUGUUUUGGACAAACUUGUGCGUGAGUAUUCAUGCAAAAGAAAUACGAGAAGAUGGCCACUUAGACUAUUUCUCAAUUUGAUUGACAUAGCAUGUUAUAACGCGUUUGUUUUGUGGACAAUAAAAAAUCCGGAGUGGCACAGUGAUUCAUCCAUAACAUAUCGAAGAAAAAUAUUUCUUCAAGAUUUGGGAAUGGAACUUGCUAGGACACAAAUUGAAAGAAGAGUAAAGAAAAUUGAAGAAGAUGGUCGGGGUUUUACAAAUUUGGUGACCACAGCUAUA